ACUCACAGUAGUUAAAACCCCCAUCAUCCAGAGAAGGAAGAGAGGUUAAAGGGAAGCUGAAAGGAUUGAGUUAGUUGGCUGCCUUGUUCAGAGUGUACCGCCUCUUGUGCGCACUCCAUAAUGACUGUGAAGUCCUCUGGCCGUCAGACUUCAGAAGAAGGACUUCUCUCUUCAUCUAAAUGAUACAUUGAUGCUUCUAAAUGAGAAAGAAGAUCAUCUAAAUAGUGGAAGAAAUAAUUCCAGUGGAUUAUUCUAUAUGGAACCCAUACCUCCUUGGUGGCAUGGCAUCUUUUCAACUGUGUUCUUAUAUAGUUGACCAUAGGGUGUCGUGCUGCAACACUAGUUAUAAACUAGAACUUGAAAAAGCUCAAGAGGAAAUUUGAACAUAAUUUGGAAUAAAGCUUUAUUUAUGUUCAUGGUAGCAGAAUGCCUUCUAGAGUAGACAAGGAGACCAGCAUCCAUCAUAUUCCUAUGGGCAUGAGGAAAGGAAAAUAGCAGGAAAAGUGCAAAAUGUUUCAAAUUCCUGUUCAAAAUCUUGAUAAUAUCAGGAAGGCUCGAAAAAAGGUGAAGGGCAUUCUUGUGGAUAUUGGGCUUGACAGCUGCAGGGAGUUAUUGCAGAGUCUUAAAGGUUAUGAUCCAGGAGAAAAAUAUUUUUGCAACACUUCAUGGAGUGAUGUCUCUCCUUGGGAGUCUGUGGGCAAAAGGAAGAGAUACAGAACAAAGCCAUACUGCUGUAGCCUAUGCAAGUUUUCCUCAAAAUUUCUUACUUCAUUCAAGAAUCACUUGCAUCGUUACCAUGAAGAUGAAAUGGACCAAGAGAUGGUGGUUCCUUGCCCAAAAUGUGUAUUUGCUUCUGAUUCAAAAGUAGUGGGAAAACAUAUCCGAAUGUUUCACUCCAAUAGGAAACUACAGAACUGCACAGUGAGCAUUUUAGGUGGCAUGAAACAAUUCAGGAGUGACAUUAUAAACUUCACAUGUCUAAAAUGCCACUUUACAGACACACUGUACUACAAUAUGAAGAAACAUGUGCUGAUGAACCAUUUUCAGAAUUUAAUAAGUAUGUAUUUUGGCCAGAGACCAGAUGACAUUGAAGAGCAUUUUAUUGAGCACUACUGUAAAAAAUGCAAUGCUAUAGCGAACAGCCAAGACACUUUAAUGUAUCAUGUCCUAACAUCUGAUGCACACAGAGAUCUGGAGAAUAAACUUAGAUCUUUGAUUUCAGAACAUCUUAAGAAACCAGGACUUGUGAAGCAAAUGCAUAUUGCUCCCAAGCCUCCCACAAGUACAGCUGCUCCAUCGUUAAUUCCCACCACUGCUCCAUCAAGCACAGUUACUACUCCAACUUGCAUUCAACUUGCAUUUCCUCAGAAUAAUCAAAACCAAACCAUGGUACAGGGAAAAGCAGUUCAAAACACAGUAAGACCACUGGCUGCUUCAAAUGCCUCUAGUAGCCUUACACAUACAUCUGCUGCUCCGGUUGUUACUCCACCACAUGUUACUCUUGUAUCCAGUCCACUUCCAGUAGCUCAGAAUGUCAGUCUUCAGCCACCAGUUCCACAACCUGUCUUUGUUUCUCAUAGGGUCCCUCUUAAUCAGCCAGUCAGGCCUGGGGUUCUCCCCCUUGCUCAGCCUGUUGGGACCAUAAGUAGACCUGUUGCUCCUGGAGUUCUUCCACUUAAUCAACCUGUCAGGCCUGGUCUUCUUCCUGUUAAUCAGCCUAUUGGGACCAUAAAUAGUCUGGUUGCCCCAGGAGCUCUCCCAGUAGCUCAGCCUGUUGGUUCUGUAAAUAGACAUGUUGGACCUGGUGUUCAUCCAGCAACUAGACCUCUUGCACCUGGUGUUGUCCCUCUAAAUCAUCCUAUGGGGAAUAUAAAUCAAUCCAUUGGUCCUGGGGUUCUUCCUGUGCCUCAGGCUGUUACCUCAGGGGUUCUACAGUUUAAUCAGCCUGUUACUUCUGGGGUUCUCCCUGUAAAUCAGCCAGUCAGACCUGGAGUUUCUCAAAAUACCGCUUUCCUGACUACCGGACCUAUACUUAGACAAUUAAUUCCAACUGGUAAGCAGGUUAAUGGAAUACCUACAUAUACCCUUGCACCAGUUUCAGUAACGUUGCCCGUAUCACCUGGUGGUGGAGUAGCAACUGUUACACCACCGCAAAUGCCCAUUCAGCUAAUGCCAUCUGGCACAGUAACUCAGGUAUCUCACUCUCCAGCUAGUGCACCGUCUCCUCCUAUAGUUGUGACUUCUUCUCACAGUAUGUCUGCACAGGCUUCUCCGCCUGCUCCUGAAACAAGCCAAGCCCUCAAACAGGCUAAGCAAUGGAAGACAUGCCCUGUUUGCAAUGAGCUCUUCCCAUCAAAUGUCUAUCAGGUCCAUAUGGAAGUGGCCCAUAAGCACAAUGCAGUAAAAACAGAGGAAACCCUUGAACCUGACAAGCUUGCAGUAUGUGCACCCUUUUUGAGGUGGAUGAGAGAGAAGACUGUCCGGUGUCUCUCUUGUAAAUGUUUCCUAUCUGAGGAAGAACUUAUAAAACACCUGUUGAUGCAUGGGUUAGCUUGUUUGUUCUGUACAUAUAUUUUCCAUGAUCUGAAAAGCCUUGUGGAACACAAUAAGACUGUUCAUAAUGGAAAGAAGAAGUUACAUGAAGACUACAGCAACAGAGGAUUUCAGCUAGAUAAUGAUGCUGAUGGUGACCUUACAUUUCCACAUUUUGAGUUCAGUACAAUGUUACCAAAAGAAGAACUUAGUGAAAAGGAAGUACACUUGGCAGUACUUGCAGGGGUAAACUCAAGGACCCUGGUACCUGUCUACAUCAAAGUGAAGCCUCAAACAGCUGAGGUGAACAGUAUUUGCAACAACAAAAAAGUAUUUACAUGCCCCUUUUGUUUUGGUACUUUCAUUAAUAAAGAAACCUAUGAAGUGCAUUUGAAAGAGAGACACCAUAUCAUGCCAACUGUACACACAAUUUUAAAAUCCCCUGCUUUCAAGUGCAUCCACUGCUGUGGGGUGUACACUGGAAAUAUGACUCUGACAGCUAUUGCUGUGCAUUUACUCCGCUGCAGAAGUGCUCCCAAAGACAGCAAUUCAAGUAUAAAAAUGCCACUUGAGCGCAAUGAGAAGAAAGAGCUAUCACUUGUUAAUGGUGAAAAGCAUGAUUCUGUGUGUCAGUCUGCUAAAAGAAAACAAUCUGAUAUAUGUUCCAUUGUAGAGGACCAAAGGAAUAAAGAACAGCAGCUUCAGUCCUUGGGUACAGGCACAGCUCUAGCUCCAAAUAAAGAUGUGAAUUUAGGGGUAGUGCCUGUUAAGAGACAAAAGGUUGAAAGCAGGACUGAGAUGAAAGGACCUCCUUCAGCUGAGGACCUCCGUAUACUAGCAUUAGAUCCUAAACAGUAUGAACACAGUUCAUAUGAAACUCGAAAGCAGUUUCUGGCAGAUUACUUUCACAAGAGGCCGUAUCCUACAAAAAAGGAGAUGGAAUUACUAUCGUCAGUGCUAUGUAUGUGGAAAUUGGAUGUUGCAUCAUUUUUUGGGAAAAAGCGACAUGUGUGCCUAAAGGCGAUAAAAAAUCGCCAGCCAUCUGUGCUUCUGGGUUUCAGUAUGUCAGAACUUAAAAAUGUAAAGCACAGUGUGAAUUUAAAAUAUAAAUCGCAGGAUGUGUAAAAUACUUUGUUUUAAAAGCAAUCAUAAUUGCAUACUUCUCAGUUUAGCAGUUUAUUACAUUGGUUAAUUUCUUUUAACUUACAAACUGACCUUUGCAGAGUUAUGGUAGUACAAAGUCUCAUUCAGAUUUGACUGUGUUGUUGAAAAAAGCAGCAGUGAUCGUAGAUCUGAGGAAGGUAGAUCUUUCACAUUUUCAGCUCUGUUUAAGCUUUUUUUAUUCCCUGCCUUUCUUCCCCCAUUUGUGGAGUAGGUUUCCCCCUCCCCUCCAUUACACUUUUCUACCAUGAUGUAUUGUUUUUCCUGAUUAAAAUUUAUUUUUUCUCA